CCCAGCAGAGCAGAGAGACAGAGUCACUGCACCAUGCCUUGUGUUGUCACGGAGACCGCUUUCACCUUCCUCUUCAUCGCGGGGCUGUGUGAAGGGGCCACAAUCCUGCUCAGGGAGCAUUUUUAUGUGAGUGUUUUUAAGAAUUGGUAUGAAGCGUUGCAGCACUGCCGAGCGCAGUACACUGGCCUUUCUAAUGUGCUGACCGAGGAUGACGUGGAACGGGUUAUAAACUCUGUUCCUGGUCGUGCCACAACCUCGGCUUGGAUUGGUCUGAAGCAAGACAGCGAUAGACAGUGGAGAUGGUCAGGAGGCAAAGCAUUAGACAUAAACUUCAACAGAUGGGCAUCUGGCGAGCCAGGUUCUGACUACUCGAAUGACUGUGUUUAUGCAAGGGAUGGUCUCUGGUAUAACAAAAGAUGUGAUGAUCAUAUACCAUUCUAUUGCUGCAAGCCAUGCAACGGGGAGUUAACCGUGGUGCAGGAGAAGAUGACCUGGGAAGACGCUCUGGUUUACUGCAGGAGUAACAACACCAACCUCUCCAGCCUGCCCUCAAACUACACUGCUGAGAAGGUUAUAAGCAGCACCGUAGCCACGACUGACUUUGUUUGGACAGGCCUGCGUUUCCUGAUGGGCGAGUGGUUUUGGGUGGACGGAGAAGCUAUCGGGCUCGAGAUAAACUGGAAAUAUCCACAGAAUUCCGCGUGUCCGAGCGCUACACGCCGCUGUGGAGCCCUGUCAGUUCAAGAGAAAGUUUUUGUUGCAAUGCCUUGUGAUGAGGAGCUCAACUUCAUCUGCUACUCGAAGUUAUAG